GUUCGUAUUAAAUGCCCUGUCGAUCUUGAUUUCUCCGCCCCUCCCUUUACUGAUUCUCUCCUUGCAACUAUGGAUAGUAACAGGCAGCCUGACCCAGGCAGAAACCAUCCCCCUCCACGUUUAAUGGCUUCCUCAAACUCCCCACAAACCCGUCCUAUCGCCCCAUACCAGCAACAAUCCUUGCCUUCUAUUCGUCAACUCCACCCCUAUCUUCCUCCUUCCGGAAUGGCUCAACAUAUGCCCCCUACUGACCCUCCUUCAUACACCUAUCCACUCCCAAGUCCUUAUGCAGGGCCUUCUGGCUCCUCUGAAAUUCAACAACCUCCCUCACAGCAUGCCCUCUAUGGUCGUUCAGAAAUGAUAGACUCUGAGCCAGAAGGUGAGAUGGAACAACAAGGUCCCGCUAAAAAGAAAAGGCGACGACAGGCUCUGAGCUGUAAUGAGUGCAAACGGCGUAAGAUUAAAUGUGACAGAGCUCAGCCCUGUGGGCCAUGUACUAGGCGUGGUGAACAGUCAAAAUGUCAAUGGCGAACUUUAGAGCCUGUGGACAAAUACGUCAGUCGCGCUGAAUAUGAUGAACUCAAGGCCAGAAGUAAGGCUGAAUAUGACGAACUGAAGGCUAGACUUGAUCACAUUGAAUCCGUGGUCGCGCGCCUUUUCCCCCCACCAGGCGGCCCUGCCAACGUGCCCAUGUAUUCAAUCCCUGCUGAUAUUCCAGGGGCGUCGUCAUCUGACAACGUAACCUCCUACCACUCAGCCCAUUCCUCCGCGGCACAAGCAUUGUAUGUUUCCCCAUCAUCUUCUUUCACCCAAGACCCGGCAAAAUCACAAUCUUAUGUCGGCUCUUCCUCACCUCAUAUCGCGGGGUCCGGAAUUGGUCACGGGCCUUCCAUUUCAUCCUCGUCAAACCCCCAAUCAGUCUCACAAAGUGCGGGCCCAUCUCAUCUCCGCCAUCCCUCGGAUGCCAAGUCCCCCACUAUUGUUAGGCAGUCCCCACUUUCGCUCGCUUCCAUCACAUCUCCUUACAAUGCUGAUGCCCAGCCAAAAAACUUCCACGCGCAGACGUUCAGAAUACUGGGCGAGCGUCUGCGCCCGGUUCUAAGAAGUUGGAAAGACCCAGUGGAACUUCUUUGCGGCAUCCUCAAUCUAUGGAACAUGCUGCGAUGUCCAGCUCAGCAAGCAUUACAAUGGAAGGCCCGUCGAUGUCGCCAGGGACGCACCAUUUGUCGUCAUCGAGGCGUUACGGUGAUCCUUCCGUAGGGCGGGAAGGGGGGGAUAACAGAGACCGAAGGCAAGGUCCUGUAGAGCGAUAGACUCUUCCGGCAUUUCGUCGGCUCAUAGGUUAAUUCUGAUCAUCAUUGGUGGCAUUCAGUUGUAUUCAUUCUGCUCACACUCCACACCACGCGUCAACCUUGUAUGAAAAAUACCUUCUACAGACUCCAUUCCCGGUGUGCCGGACAUGACUUUUUCGCUUUAAUUUGGCGAUCGCAUACCCCACUAGCCUCGUUUUUUCUGAACAUCUUUC